AUUACAUGUGUAUACUUAACCACUAUUCCCCUACAUUCUUUCCCUUCCAAGUCAGCCAUCGUGUCCAACAUUAGUAAUUGUACUGUGAUGACAAUACCGCGUACGCAGCAAGAAUCGCUGUUCUAGGCCGAUUCCAUUUCACCACGACUAGUAUUUAUUCACGCAAAUCAUCUGACAAAGGAUGGCGUUUACCUGUGUGACAACUUUCCACAAUAUGAAAUAGACCCGGGAUCGUGGGAGAGUAGAAUGUUAGAACUCUGGCGAUUUCUCUUGCCUGGGGAUAAUUAAACUUUCGGGUUCCUCACGCCCGCGACCGUAUUGCAGAUGCCUUGGACGUCUGAUUUUAGACUCGAUGAAUCCUCACGAAUCGUUCAAUUGUCCCCAGUGGUGAGUACGGACCCAGAAGUUGGAACCACCGAUGUUGUCCGGGCCAGCGCUGGUGCAAUAACGAAGUUGCUGCAGGCCGCACAGGAAGCGGGCUCGUUCCCCAAACUAUACAAUUGGCCGAACGAGAAAUUCCCUUUCGCUGUAGACCGUGCUAUAGCACCAUACCUUGGCAUUGUAACAACAGGGCCUCACUUGAACGCCUUUGUCCGCGAUGAUAACGGUUUAGUUGCUAGUAUCUGGGUUGCUAAAAGGGGAAUGAAUAAACCUAUGUACCCAGGUAUGUUAGAUAACGCAGUUGGCGGAGCUGUGGUAGAAGGCGAAACACCCCGCGGAUGUCUAUUACGGGAAGCAAUGGAAGAGAUCGGGAUUGAUGCCAAAGAUGCUGUAUCUGGAGGAACUGUAUCUUGGUUCAGAAUCAAAGAAAACCGGACAGGGUUUACACCUGGCUUGGUAGAGCCGGGGGUGCAAUAUGUUUACGAUCUGGGAGUCGGCUCGGAGACUAUACUACACUCUCCCGAGGCUGGUACCGACUGGCUGCAUCUACUGAGCAUCAACGAGGUAAUGGGGGCUCUGCGACGCCACGAGUUCAAACCCAGCAGUGCCUGCGUCAUGAUUGACUUUCUUAUACGGCAUGGCAUAAUUACUGCCGAAACCGAUCCCGACUUUGCAGACGUGGUCUCUCGAUUGCAUCGCAAGCUAUCACUACCCACCAGGUUUCCCGAACAAACCCGACAGCAGUAACGCAGUGCUUACAAGCCUACCUGACUCUGUCUGUGAGCCUACGACUGAAAUGGUAUGAGGAGAUCCGCGCUCGUUUUUCACUGCCUUUGUAUUGGCAUUCCAAUCAACUUUUGUGCUUAGGUCAUGCCUUUUAGAAUUACAUCGUUCGUUUCAGCGCAUGGUGGCGGCGCGGGCUCUAGCUGCGAACCACUAUGCUUGCCUAGAUACCGUGUAACAGUUUCUGAGGGAGAGUUUUGAAGAAGAAUGUUGGGGAAACCUCGUCCAAUAUAAGACUGGCGAUGGCUUCAAGCAACUAGCACAGGAGCCAACAGAAGAGGGCGUCGUUUUUUUUUUUUUUGGAAAAAGAAAAAAAAAAAGGAAAGAGAAAGAUAAUUUCACAUCGCUAAAGGUCUCUCAAUUACCUAUAAAUCUACCCAGCCUACGUAGGUACCUAGGUAACUAGGUAGGUACAUAUACAUACUUAGAUUUGUAUCGGAUCUGAGCAAGAUCGCGCUAAAACCGCGGGGGAGGGGCUCGAGGGGUAGGUGCGGGGCAUCUCCAGACCCUGUAUCUUGGUUACCUAAGUACCUAGAUAGAUGUAGAUCGCCGUCGAUCACUUUAAUUAGG